AUGUCAGACUCAUCCGAACACGAGCUGGACGCUUUCGACUCGGACGACGAUGUCGAGUCUGGCUUGCCUACGGAAGAAAGACGGAAGUUUCUGCAGAAGCAGCGCAGGCGGAAUGACCUUGAAUCGAGAAUAGCUGGUGUCGCAGGACGACUGUCUCAGGAAGAAAAGAAAGAGGCCGACAAGAAUGUCCUGCGCGAGUUGGGUGCGAAUGCUGUUCUGAUAGGGCUUUGGUAUUUCUUCUCGCUCUCGAUAUCUUUGUACAACAAAUGGAUGUUCUCGUCGGACAAUCUCAACUUCCACUUUCCCCUCUUCACCACUAGCCUACACAUGGUCGUUCAGUUCCUGCUAGCCAGCACAGUCCUCCUUAUAUUUCCCUCUCUGCGACCAACGACCGCCACACCUCACGACAAGCACGCACCUCCCAAACCCCUCCUAACUCCAAUCUUCUACCUCACACGCCUCGUCCCAUGCGGAACCACGACCUCCCUCGAUAUUGGCCUCGGCAAUGCCUCCCUCCAAACAAUAACCCUAACCUUCUACACAAUGUGCAAAUCCAGCGUCCUCAUCUUCGUCCUCAUUUUCGCCUUCCUCUUCCGCCUCGAGCAACCCUCCCUGAAACUCAUCCUCAUAAUCCUCAGCAUGACCACAGGCGUAGUCAUGAUGGUCUUCGGUGAAACAGCCUUUCAGCUCGGCGGCUUCCUCCUCGCCAUAUCAGCGUCUUUCUUCUCCGGCUUCCGCUGGGCACUCACGCAGAUCCUCCUCCUCCGACAUCCGGCGACCUCCAAUCCUUUCGCGACAAUGUUCUUCCUCGCUCCAAUCAUGUUCGUCACGCUCUUCACGAUCGCUCUCUUCAGCGAAGGACCAUCCGAAGUCGUGGUGGGCCUACAGCUCCUAGCGCACAACCUCGGAACCGCAAAGGCUGUACUCUUAAUGUUCGUCCCUGGUGUCCUAGCCUUCUGCAUGAUCGCAUCGGAAUUCACACUCCUCCAACGAACGAACGUUGUCACGCUCAGUAUAUGUGGCAUAUUUAAAGAGGUGGUCACAAUUGGUGCGGCGGGGAUUGUCUUCCACGACGAAUUGAGCGUGAUCAAUAUUAGUGGAUUGCUCGUUACGAUUGUCAGUAUUGCUUGCUACAAUUACAUGAAGAUUAAUAAGAUGAGGAAAGAGGCCAGGGAGAGUUUGAGUAAGAAGGAGGAAGGUGGAGAUACUGCUAGGGACGAUGCGUAUGUUGAGGAGCCUGCGAGAGAGCCGUUGAUGAAGAAUAGUGGGCAUGAGGAAGAUACUACACCGAGGAAGAGGUCGAAUUCUACUUCGCAGCCUGGGUCGAGUAGUAGAACCAGAAAGGCAUCGAAAUGA